AAGUUUUUGUAACAUAUUGUUGAAGUCUCUUACUUAUUAACGCUAUGAGUCUGGCUUACCAUGUUAGGCACGAGUCUCACUCCUCCUCUCCAGGGUAUCCUGCUCCAUACCCCCCUCCUCCACCACCUCCACCACAAGCACCGGCACCACCUGGUUACCCUGGCUUUGAUCGUUCGCCGCGUGGCUAUCAAGGUUACUUCUAUGGAGAGUAUCCUCCACCAUCUGCAACUCCACCUCCCCUUCGGCCUUACAAUCAGUAUCACAACUAUGGUAUUGGUUGCUCAUCUCUCCUCAGAGGCUGUUUGGCUGCUCUCUGUUGCUGCUGCAUUUUGGAUGAAUGUUGCUUCUAGUGACCGUUCAACGCAAUUUGCAUCUUGCUUUGAAUAUUCAAUUUCAAUGCUAGCUCUUUUUUUCCCCCUCUUAAGAUUCUCAAAAACGAGAUAGAAAUAGGAGGAACAUUUACCAAUUAUAAUGAUCAUUAUGUUUCGAAAUUAUGUUCUUCUUCCCUUUAUGAGUCAAUGUACGUUAUCGAUGAACUAUCUAUGUA